AUGGUCGGACCCUUCGUGCAGGGUAUGCUAUUGAUAGGCAUCAUCUAUUGGUACUCCAAGGGCAUGAUGUCCAUGAUCAACGACUACUAUCGCAGCGAAUUCAAUCGCAAGCUGCAAGCGAAUGCCGCACCCAAACCCAAGGCAGAAAUGCCCAUCAAUGUGGACAAUUUUAUGGACUAUGUGCGGGAACUGGAGACGCCCAGUGAGACGAGAACGGAUCAGCUGGUAGACACUGGUGUAGGUACAGCACUGAGCAAAGAAUACUCGCAAGUACUGCUGCGUUUCCUUGAGAUCACCGGAACUCUUCCAGCCUACGAUAUUUGUCUCAAUAGCUCCUUAAGUUAGCUAACAAAAUAUUACCUAAUAUUUAUGUAUUUUAUAUGACUUUGGUAGAUUAAAAUAAAAUAAA